UAGUUACAAAUUGUCACUUUGAUGAUCAAGACGUGCUUGUGGGUUGUUCCUGAAAUUACAGAGCUCUGCACCCAGAAAUCAGAAUAAUUAAAGCUAUUUUAGUUAGUUGUGUUCUUACUGCACUGCUCAUGAACCACAACCGAAAACAGUUGACUCAUCUCGAGUAAUUCUGAACGUGUGAAGAGAUUUUCGUUAUCAAGCGAAUAGUGUUUAUUUUUGGGGUGUUUCCCUGCGGAAGAUUGUGCCAAGCAGCAUAGGCUUGGGGGGCUGAUUUUUCUUUGUUGUUCUGCUAUCGAGUGGUAAAAGCUGCCUUUACAUUCUACCAUCGCAGUAAGCUCUGUAGGCGCUGCAGAGAAUUUUCUACACAGGACACGGUUGACAUUUUAAUUUUUUUUUCUUGUGCUGAAGAAGUGAAUCGUAUAUUUUGUAAACUCUAAGGACUUUUACACGAUUCGAGCGUGUAUGAAAUUGUGAGCAGUUUAACCAUCCGCAAAACAAUAUGGCAGACAGUUUAGUGGAAACGCCAGCUUCCAGCUCCAGUCAUUUGAUUAGCAUUGGAGGAAUGAAUCAGCUUCCUGCCGAUUUGCAGUCGGGCUCGACGUCCGGAUCUUCAUCCAUGCCCUCGUCAUCGACCUCAUCCGUGGUUGCUUCCUCAUCGUCUUCAUCAUCAUCCGGUUCGGUUGGUCAGGCCUCGGCAUUAUUGAUUUCUGUGGCUACCCAGCUUAGCCAUGGUCUGGAUUUGAGUGAGCAAAUUAUGACCACCAACCAGGAGUUAAAUCUCAGCCUGGGCAAUGCCGCGAACAGUGCUGGCCAAGCCGAAAAUAAAGAGAACCUAAAAUCUGCCCGUUCGGCCGAGUGUCCGGGUGAUGAUGAACCGGAAGCCAAACGCAAGAAAAUCGAUAAACCUGCAACCAAAAUGAUUGAAAAGUUGGAGGCCCGUCUUGGUGGCAUUCUUUGCUGCGCCGUCUGUCUGGACCUACCCAGAACUGCGAUGUACCAGUGUACCAUGGGCCAUCUGAUGUGCGCUGGAUGCUUCACUCAUCUGUUGGCCGACGGUCGGCUUCGUGAUCAAAAUGCGACCUGUCCUAAUUGUCGCACAGAGAUCAGCAAAAAUAACUCUUCUCGUAAUUUGGCAGUCGAAAAGGCUGUUUCGGAGUUGCCCAGCGAGUGUCAGUACUGUGGCAAUGAGUUCCCGAACAAAUCGAUCGAAUAUCAUGAGUGCAAUGAGUGCGAGGAGCGCCCGACGGAUUGCAGCUUCGCCCGGAUCGGUUGUCAAUGGCGUGGACCGACUCACGAAGUUCCGUCACAUGAGGCUAACUGUGUGCAUCCGAAUAAGUCUGGCGCCGAAGUGAUGGUCGCUCUGCAGGCUCAUGAUGAACGUGCCGCCGAGGAGAAGAAACUUUUCCUCACGUUGAUCGAUCUCUUGAGUUACGAGAAGAUAAUCUUCAAUGAUCUUCAAAUGAAACCAUACCGUACGGACGAGUACGUACACCGCUUGUAUUACGAGACAUCACGCUUCUCCGCUUUUAACCACCAGUGGGUGGUGAAGGCUAUCAUUAAUAAAAGUCAGCGUGAUCCACACCAGUCUUGUGAUCGAGACAUCACGUAUCAGUUGAUUCUGAAAUCGAAAACAACCAGCCCACUACCGAUGCACUUCUUUGUACUGCGAGGUCCAUUCUCGGAUAUUAAAGCCGAUACCCAAAUCUACAAGCAUGACUUCACCGAGACAGAAACGGAAAGUCCGUUCAAUCUGAUGCCUCUGCCGGAUACGGCGGAGUGCAAUCGGUUGCUGGCAGCGAAGGCGAUCAAUUUCAGGUUGAUCAUGUUUCUAGCAUCCAAGUAAUUUGUCGAACCGGAACUCCCGUUAAUGAUUGGUAACAUGUUGCAUCAACAUUUUAUUUUAGAUUGAAUUCUUUUAGCGCCACACGGUGAAGUGAGGUAAUAUGAAAAUUGCUUUUAAUCACGAGAGCUCGGUAGCUCACAAUAAUCUCAUAUUAUGAUUUAUAUUUAUCUACCUUCAAAAGCCAAAUUUGUUUAUCUAGGGCUAGUGAUUUUAUUUUGUUUGUGUUUUUUUUGCUAGGCGUAAUUUAAUGUACAGUUGAGCUGUACAAUGCCACUUGAAAUAUUCGUAUUUGGAAUUAUCUAAAUUUGAGGCAAAGCAUCGCACAAAAUUUCGUUGCUGAUAAAGAUAUACGCAUUUUGAAAACGUUCGGUAUGCAUCAAAUAAACUAUCACUUGUUUUGAACAAUAAAUUAGUACGACGUUACAUAUAUAUCACGCUCAGUGCAUGACACAACUUUCCAAACCAGAAGAAAAUAGUAAACGAAACAGCGAAUACGAUAGUAUAAUUAGUUUAUGAUUCCCUAUCAUUGCCAAUAGUAGAUGUCACGGAGCAUAGAAGACCUGUCUGUUGUUAACUCCAUUCGCUGUUUGAUCGUGAAACUUUCUACUAAAUAUGUUCGAAACCGGAUGCCAUUUUGUAUAAAGAAAUAUUAGGAAAGCCAUAAGCCAUAUUCAAUACACUGAACUCUAUUCGAUUCUACGCAGAGUUUCCGAUUCUGUUAGUUAAUUGCAGUUCUAGGCUUCAGACCGGGAAAACAGUAGUUUUGCUCGUAUCCAUGUUUUCGUAUUGGUAAGUUCGCUAAUCAGAUUUUGUGAUACGGACGUUCGGGAAGAGGUUGUACAGAAGCGGUUUCUUUCGGAGCGUUCGGACAAUAGAGAAAAAAAAGUAAUGCAGCAGCAAAUGUUAGCAAGAGGGAACCAUUUCUUCUAGACACUAAGAAAAACAAAAUAAAAAUAAAGAUAUAUAUUUAAAUAUAAUUAAGGCAUUAAGCCGAAAAGUGAUAUAAUAAUUCUAUCACGAGCUAUGUAUGUAUAAAAUAUGUAAUAGUGAGUAAAAUCAUUUUUCUUUACAAUGUACUCUAUAAGCAGACCCAUUGCAGAUAGCAACUGAACAAGCACCUGGCAAUAUUUCAUUUGUGCAAGUGAGUUAGAGAUUGCGAUUCACUCUGUUCUAACUCAGUCAAUAGUACUAGUAAUAGUAGUGCUUCACUAUCGGAGUAUUUUCGUCAUAUUAUGGAGAACUUAAGUGGUUUGAAGAGAUAUAAUUUUAUUAGAUGCUAAGAUAUAUUUAUAUGUCCCUAUAUAACAUAGCUUUAGAAUUCGUCAUCAGUAAGAUGGUUUUCGUCUUUAAUCUCUUUUAUUCACCCAGAUAUUGUUUUGUUUUAUUCUUGUAAUAAACUUACCCUUAUUCUCUAA